CCACCACAUAACACAUCUCAAAAACACAAAACUUCUUCUUUCCACCGCAUCUUUAUUAUCUCCAAAUAUUUAUUUACUUUCCAAUAUAGAAUUUAAUUUUCUAUGAGCAUUUUUAUCACACCGACGAUGAUGGCAGUGAUCGGCACCGGCGGUAAAAAAGUAAGUAAGAAUGCGAUGCCGGAGUCAGAGCUAAAGAAGAGAAACGAGUUGCUGGAGAAGGAGUUGAAGGAAAGUAAAGAGAGGGAGGAACAAAUGAGACGGCAGUUACAGAGCGCGUGGGAGAGGCUGCGCGUGGCUGAGGAAGCCGAGGAGAGACUCUGCUCACAGCUCGGGGAGCUGGAAGCAGAAGCCGUUUAUCAAGCGCGUGACUAUCACGAUCGCAUAGUUUCGCUCAUGGACCAGCUCUCACGCGCACAGAGCCUCCUCCACAAAGCGCUUCCUUCGUCUUCCUCGUGAUUUGUGGCUUUGAUGUAAUUAGUUUUGUAACUGAAGCUAACAAUGAAUAUUCAUUCAUUGUUGUUUGUUAUAUUAGCUAUGUGUAUUAUACGAUUUUGAUGAUUGGUUAACCGUAUUAGCGUGGAUUCAAUCUCUGUUCUGUUGUAAACGUUUUUGUUAGUGUGAUUGAGUGGAUUGGUUUUAGAAUUUCACACAAGAGGUUAUUUGGUUUUU